AACAUAGCAAUGAUUUUUUCCUAUAUAGAUUCUGUAACGGGCAUGAUGAAAAUACUCUACUAUAUAGCAUCAUCAAUAUCUAAUAACACAAUUAUUUCAUCAUUCACAACUGCUAGAAAAUGUUAUCAUGUUUCACGUUUUAUUUGUUUUCAUUCCAAUUCAUUCAUUUAAAGAAAAAAAAAUCUAUUUAUGCUUGGUUGUGUGUGUAUGUGUAUGUCUUGAUUAUAAUAAGUGUGUUUGUUGGUUUGUCUGUUCGCUUGAUGAUGAUGAUGAUGAUGACAUUGAAAAACUUUUUCAUAAACACAUAUACACCACGAAUAUAACAACACACAAAAAAACACCAGAUAUUUGACAUUCGAUUAAAGAUAUUUUAUAGAAUAAUGAUGAUCAAUUCAGCAAAAAAUUAUCAAAGGACCGCCGAAAAUUGAAUUUAUUCUACCAUUUGUUUUUUUUAUAUAUCGAAAUUUUAAACAACACAUAUUACAAUAAUGGCAACCGGUAAUUUUUCAAGAUUACAAAUAAAAAAGAUUCUACUCUACACAACCGGAACCGGUGUUGUUGGCUAUGCCGGUUAUCGUCUUAUUAAUCAGAGAGAUGUUGUUGCCGAUACACAGCAAAAUGAUUUUGAAGAACAAAAAAAGAAAUUAAUACCAUUGAAAAUAUUGCCAAGUCGUAUGGAUAUGUUGAAUAAAUUAAAAGAACCAAAUAAAAUUUACGAUGUUCUUGUUAUUGGUGGUGGUGCAACCGGUUGUGGUGUAGCGUUAGAUUCAACUACACGUGGUUUGUCUACCGCUUUAGUUGAAUUGGAUGAUUUUUCAUCCGGUACAUCUAGUCGUUCAACAAAAUUAAUUCAUGGUGGUGUUCGUUAUCUUCAAAAGGCAAUCCUAAAACUUGAUUAUGAUCAAUAUCAUAUGGUUCGAGAAGCUUUACAAGAACGUGCCAACCUGUUGGAUAUAGCACCACAUCUAUCAUCAGCAUUGCCGAUCAUGUUACCAGUUUAUAAAUGGUGGCAAGUACCAUAUUUUUGGGUUGGAAUUAAAGCCUAUGAUUUUGUUGCCGGAAGUCGUAAUCUUAAAUCAAGCUAUUUUCUCUCGAAAAAGAAUGCAUUAGAAUUGUUUCCAAUGUUAAAAUCCGAAUCAUUGAAAGGUGCCAUUGUUUAUUAUGAUGGUCAACAUAAUGAUGCACGUAUGAAUAUUGCUAUAGCAUUAAGUGCUGCAAGAUAUGGUGCUACCGUCGCUAAUCAUGUGGCUGUAGUUUCAUUACGAAAAGACCCUGAAACUGGAAAAUUAAUCGGAGCUAGACUGAAAGAUCAAAUGACAAAUGAAGAAUGGGAUGUACAGGCUAAAGUUAUUAUUAAUGCUACAGGUCCAUUUACCGAUUCAAUUCGCCAGAUGAGCGAUUCAACACAGAGAAAAAUCUGUCAACCAAGUAUCGGUGUACAUAUUGUAUUACCGGGAUAUUAUAGUCCAUCGAGCAUGGGAUUACUUGAUCCGGCCACUAGUGAUGGUCGUGUUAUAUUCUUUUUACCAUGGGAAAAAUGGACCAUUGCUGGAACGACUGAUCGUUCAUGUGAAGUAACUCAUCAUCCAUCACCGACUGAACAAGAUAUUCAAUUCAUAUUGAAUGAAAUUCGUCAUUAUCUUUCGGGUACAAUCGAUGUACGACGUGGUGAUGUAAUGUCAGCUUGGGCUGGUAUACGUCCUCUGGUAUUAGAUCCAUCUAAACCAAACACUGAAUCAAUUGCUCGUAAUCAUAUCAUUGAUGUAUGUAAAAAUUCUGGUCUAGUAACCGUAGCUGGUGGAAAAUGGACAACUUAUAGAGUAAUGGCUGAAGAGGCUGUUGAUGCUGCAAUCAAUGAUAAUCCUGAUACCCUAGGUCAUGCAGGCAAAUGUAUGACACUUGGUCUAAAAUUAGAAGGUGGACAAGGAUGGACACCCACUAUGCACAUUAAUUUAGUUCAAGAUUAUGGUCUUGAAGAAGAUGUUGCAAUCCAUUUGGCCACCACGUAUGGUGAUAAAGCUAAAUCGGUAGCACGAUUAGCUGAACUUACUGGAAAAAGAUGGCCUGUUGUUGGUCGUCGAUUACAUACGGAAUUUCCAUACCUUGAAGCCGAAGUUCGUUAUGCCAUAAGAGAAUAUGCUUCUACGGCUGUCGAUGUUAUAGCACGUCGAACACGACUAGCUUUCCUAAAUGUUCAAGCCACUGAAGAGGUUUUACCACGUAUCGUUGAAAUUAUGAGUGAAGAACUUAAAUGGAGUAAAAAACAACAGGAAGAAGAGCUUAAAAAUGCGAAAGAAUUCCUUAACAGUGAAAUGGGCCGCAGUGUUAAUCAAAUGAUUCGAUCACAGUUACCAAUUUCAAUGUCGAAAGAUGAAAUUAAUCAAUUGAGCAAACGAUUUCAUGAUCUUGAUCGAGAUCGUAAAGGAUAUAUUGGUAUUAAUGAUCUAAGAAGAUCAUUAAAAGAUCAAGGUGUUAAAGUUACUGAUGAUGAUUUACAUCUAAUAUUAUCCGAAGUGGAUCUAAAUCAAAAUGGUCGCAUCGAAUUUGGUGAAUAUUUGGAAUUGAUGAGUUGUAUCAAAAACGGUGUUGUCGUUCAUAAUCGUUUUGCAAAGGCUUUGAAUCUUGAAUCAAGAAUUUCUGUCGAAAGAAGUGGUGGUGGUGUAUAAAUCUUUGCAACAAAAAAAAAAUAAUCUGACUGAUUCAUCAGAAAAAAAAUCGAAAAAAACUCGCUUUUUUGUACAUAAAUUUUAUUUCAUUUAGCAUUCAGUUGUUUUCUGUGUUCACAUAAAAUAUUUUAACAUCAUAAUUAAACCAAAAAAAAAAAGGGAUUGAGAAAAAAAAUCAAAUGAA